UCCGGUUUCCUCCCACUGCUAAAGACCUCUACGCGCAAACGAAUUAUUGAAAUAAAAUUGAACCAUGUGUUAGUCGAGUGGACAUUAAACCUUAUUUAUCUCUCUCUAUCUCCCAUGCAAAAUACAAUAUCGUGAAAAUUGGAUAUCUAAAAAGGAAUAUUACUCCAAAACUAGUUCAACUCCAGUCAGUAUUUACAGAGAUAUGAUGAAUUGAAAUUUAUUAGCAUUUGUCUUCCUCGAUAUAGAACCUUGUGCCAUUGGUAAAAUCCAAUCUGAUUAAAAUACAGAUCUAUAUUUUAUUUUGUUUUUUAUACUUUCGAUGGCCUCCACUGCAUGAAGAUCUGACCAGUUGUAGUGGGAUGUUGCGUCAGGUGUCAUACGAGAGGCUUUUGACCGUAUGACGUGAGACUUCGAUGUUUCUACAACUAAUCUCUCAUAUCAACUGGAGCGCUGGUUAUAUAACAACUUUUCCAGAUUCUAGUGUAGUAAAGACAAAUAAAAAGAAUUUUGAACUAUAAAAAACGAAACGAAAUAGGAUCUGUGUUUUAAUUAGAUUGGGUAGAAUCGUUUGAUGGUCCUCAUCUUAAUCCUGACUGAGAGAUUAUCAUUAGUUAUUGUUGAUAAAAUGUAAAUGAAGGUCAGAGACUUUAAGGGAAGAGGUGAAGUGGGAUCCUUCCAUCCUUUUAUCUUUCUUCAGAUUAUUUAUUUGUGUGUUCCCAUAGAAACAAACACUACUUGUAUUUGGUGGUGGAGAUUGUCAAUCCCUGUUCCUUCUAUGGGUGCGCAAUGUUGUUGUUGAUGACUUAGUCUUGCUGUUGAUGACUGUCAGGUUGUUGAUGACUGUGUCAGGUUAUUGAUGACUGUCAGGUUAUUGAUGACUGUCAGGUUAUGACUGUCAGGUUAUUGAUGACUGUCAGGUUAUUGUUGAUUGUCAGGUUGACGAUGACUGUGUCAGGUUGUUGAUGACUUUCUCGUUGUUAUCAUCAUUGAAUGGAUUUGUUAAGAAAUUCACAUCAUAUAUUAUAUUAUUGUUACAGUUGCUGGGGUAUAGUCCAAAGAAGGUAGUGUAUUAUGCCAAACAGGUUGUUGAUAAAGUGAAACACCGAUCUCCCGUGGAGGCGUCCACUCUUCAGUUACGUCGAACUACAUCACCUCCGUCAGGUGCCAUUCAAUGUCGUGAAUCAUCAUAUGACCCUAGGUCAUCCAUCAACCAAUCAGCAGCAGCAGCCGCAGCUAAACGGAAUUCUACACCUGCUAGUGUGCCUUCAUUAACUAAUCAGCAUCAAUCUAUCUCCGUGGCGGCCAUGAAAAACUCUGUAGAGAUAAAUCAUAACAACGCUAAAAUAAAAGGCUCGCCUGUGACGGCGCUAAAAGAUGAAAUAGAUCGGAGAUUUUUAUCGAAUGGUAAUGCCAUUAGUUCGAGUAAUGUUCGGGAAUCUUACCCGUCUGCUAAUGCUUACAAACGAGAAGAAGUCAAGAUGCGACAUCAUCAGACUCGUAUGGUGAACAGACCCUUGCCAGCAGUCCCUGCGAACGGUUCUCCCCGCGGUAGUCCCCAGCAUCGUCUCUCUGGUCAACAAUGGAGAAGUUUUGACGACGAUAAUUUACAGUCUGCUAGAUCAACAAAUGGUAUUAACGAUACACCCAAACGUAAACCGCCACGUCCUAUGAGUGAAAUAGCAUCAGGAUCAGGAACAUUGUAUGAUAAUCGGUUUCCACUCAAUGGUUUCGGACAUUCACAAGUUGCGGAGGAAGGAGGGUUUUAUAUUUAUGGUCCAAAUCCGAAUUCAGCAGGCAGAGAAAUGAUGGAAAACCAGAAUCAUAAACGUAAUAGUGCGUGCAAUAAUCAACCCAAUCAGAAUAAAGGAAACCAGCGAUCGAGGGAAGAGGAAAAUAAGGAUUUUCUGCGGUACCAGAACGAUAGUCCAUUCCAGGCAGAUAAAGCAGAUGACCCUGAUAGAUCUGGGUUCAAGGCCAAACAAGGACUGGAGUCGUUAAUGUGUUUAGAUAGAAGUCAUAUAGAAGAUGAAACGUUACGCCACGCACCAUGGUAUCAGGCUGGAAUACCAAGGGAGAUAGCAUUAGAGAUAUUACAACAAGAAGAAAUUGGAUCUUUUAUUGUUCGUGAUAGUACCACGCAUCCAGGAUGUUUCGCUUUAUCAGUUCGUGUUCCCAAGUUUGAGAACCAGAACGGCAUCUCCCAUUAUCUUAUACUGAAAACACAGAAAGGUGUUAAACUAAAGGGUUUGGAUAAAGUGUGGACUAAUUUAACAGCUCUUGUAACACAUCAUACAGUCAUGCCCGAAAUGUUACCGUGUACUUUACGUUUACCGCGUAAUUCCACCAAUCCUACGUUUAAAGACAGUGAUAAAGAUGAUCGCGAGGACGAUCCCGAUUAUCAAAGACUAGCAGACUUCUCCACGAUGAUGUCGCAACUGAAAAUGUGAUACAUCACAAUUGGACUGUGUUUUAAACCGUUGAUCCAAUACACGGGAUGUGUUCAGCAGACGGUGACGUGUGUUUUGGGUUGUUAUAAAUACAAACGAUAAACAGAACCACAUUUUAGUCUUUCGUUUUAUAAAAAUGGAGAAAGGCUAUUUUAUUAAGCCUCACCUUCCAAACAAAACUCACCAAGCAAUGUGCAUGAUUUUAUGGGAUGUUUGCACUUUUUUAGGAGGUUGUUUUCGUUGAUUUAUUUGCGGUGAAUUCCUUCACUAGAUGUAAUGAUGAUGGGUGUGCGUUACGUUAUGUAUCUUAUAAUAAACUAGUCAAUACUAUCCAUAUAUAUCUAUAUAUAAGGUGUGUUAUAAUGUAUAACCAUUAUGAAUAUAUAAAGCAAUAUGUAAACAACGGCCACAUUGACACAGUUUGUGAACUUUUUGUUUAGUGAAAAAAGUCACCGUGAUGUGUAUUGGUGUGAAAUGAGUUUAACGUCCUACUUUUCUGCACCAACUGGGCUAUUGAAGUCAGGGCGUGUCAAGACAGUUGUUAUAAUUGUGUGGAAAUACAGUGCUAUAUAUUUUAAUGUUUGUUAAAUCGAAUCGAAGACGUUCUGGAAUCAAGACAAGAGAUUGAAAACUGAUUUGAAAAUAGAAAUGGCUACUGUUUGUUAUUAUGAUGGUUUUCUGUUAAUUAUGUGAAGGAUUAUCAACUUCAGUCAGGCCUGGAAAUAACGGUUUUAGAUGUACCUGACAAAAUGUCAGGCCCUAAUGAAGUAGUACCUGACAUUUUCAACUUAGUGCCGGACAUGUAUUAAUAAUAUCAAUAAAAAAAGACAAAUCAGUGCCGGACAAAAUGACAGGCACCAGAGGUUUUGUGCCUGACAAAGCCUGAAUCUGUGCCUGACAUUGUCUGUGACAGGUGUCUUAUUUCCAGGCUUGACUUCAGUAGUAACUUAUAGUUUACAGGUUCUGGGUGUCCAUGUUGGAUUAUUUUUGGAUACAUUUAAAAAUCCAUAGUAAUUAACUGAAACUUGUGAAGAUAUCCGAUGAAAUAAAACUGGUUAUUUAAAAAGUUUUUGAUUCCUGUGACACAUCUUGGAUUAAUUAAUUCAUCAAUAAUUGAAACUGAAUCCACAUUACUGUUAGUGUCGGUAAAUCUACCAAUAAAUUCUGCAGCUAAAUCUAAUAAACGUAAUUUGUAGUAUGUCAAAAGUAGCGUUUAAAAAUUCAAUUUAAAAUCAAGUUCAAACAUCUGAAUUUUCAAAUUUAUGUGAAAUUUCUCAUUACCCGUAAAAACAACAUAGUUAAAAUCAAAUGUAAACAAUCGAAUUUCAGAUUUAUGUAAAAUUGCUGACUCUCAGUAAAACAGAUAUUUAUUUUUUGCCAAAUUUAAAUUUCAAAUCAAGUGUAAACAUUUAUAUUUUCAAAUGAUGUAAAAUUGCUGAUUGACAAUAUAUUGUCAAAAUCAAGUGAAAAAUUUGGAAUUUUAGAUUUAUAUAGAAUUGCUUACUGUCAGUAAAAUGAAUAUAUUUCUGUCAGAAUAACAUUUGGAUUUUCAGAUUACGUAAAAUUGCUGACUGACAAUAAUACAAUAAUGUAUUGUCAAAAUCAAGUGAAAAAUUUUAAAUUUAUAUAAAAUUGCUGACUCUCAAAAUAAUUGUAAUAACCGGUUAUCAGGCAUUAAUCAUUUAAUCAUAAUGUAAUUUAUCAUUGACUAGAUAUACAUAUUAUAUAUUAUCAAUCAAUCAAUCAAUCAUAUAUCAAUAUAUUACACAACUCAGUCUCUAUAUGUUUAGUAAUAAUCAAGUCUGGAAAUAACAGCUUUAAUUAUACCUGACAAUGUCUGACAUUAAUGGUAGUACCUGAGAUUUUCGAUUUCGUACCGUACAUGUAUUCAUUUCUCUACGGUACCUGACAAAAUGUCACAGGCUAAUAAGUUAGUACCUGAUAUUUUUAACUUUGUGCUGGAGAUGUAUUAACAAUAUCAAUAAAAAAGACAAAUCAAUGCUGGACAAUAGUUUCUUAUUGAUGAAUUUGAUACAUUAAAACAACAACAGUUUUAUAAAGGGCUUUAUUUUAGUUAAAAUAAAUCGUACAAUUUCUUAGUAAAUUAUUAACUGAAGACUGAUAGUAUUUUGUGAAAACCGGGCCUGAACUUGUGCCUGACAUUGUCCGUGACGGAUGCCUCGUUUCCAGACUUGGUAUAAUCAUCUUGUAUCAGUGUAUGUUUUAAAUAAAACCAAUAUUUCAAGUGUUCAAUACAUUAUUAUAUGUAUAUUUAUCAAUUGUCCGUUGAGAAAUACAAUCUCUAUUUCACAUUAAGAUCAUUAAUUUGAAAAUCGUGAUAUUAUCUUUAUUCAACAAUCAAUUGUCUCUUGAGAAAAUCUCUUUCACAUUAAGAUCAUUAAUUUGAAAAUCGUGAUAUUAUCUUGAUUCGAACAUCAAUUGUCUCUUGAGAAAAUCUCUUUCACGCUAAGAUCAUCAAUUUGAAAAUCGUGAUAUUAUCGUGAUUCGACCAUCAAUUAUCUCUUGAGAAAUGAAAUCUCCAUUUCACGUUAAGAUCAUCAAUUCAAACAUCUUGAUUUCAAAUAUCCGUUUUCUACUAGUCAACAGUGUGCCUACCGUAACGAAGAACGACAAUGGUUUAAUAUACUAGUUAAGAAAUGUGACCUAUGAGAGUAAAAUAAGUCGGAAAUCACAAUUCUUUUACGAUAUGAAAAAAAAGGGAAAAAGGCUAAAAAUAUUUUUUUAAUGAUAUAACACGAAAGGUAAAAAGGUAAAGCAAAUUAAAUUUUUUUUAUAUUUUUCUUUUUUUAGCCUUUUUCGAAGUUUUUGUUCACAUAUCGUAAAAAAUAACUUGUGACUUCCGACUCAUUUUACUGUCAUGGGUCACAAAUUGUUAAUUGUUAUGAAGAUUGAAGUUGAAUUAUUUUUUUGAGAAGUUGAUUCUUUGUUACAGUACAUGUACCUCAUCCAUUGUUAUUUAGAAUAUUUCAAACUUUCUGCAGCGUCUUGUGUUUAUUCUAUGGUGAUUUUAUGAUAUAUCAUGGUUUUAUUAAUAUACAAAAUAUACAUUGUAUAUUACACGAUUUUUUAUCGCCAUCACUUUGCUAUCAAUUCACUUCUAGACCAAUCUGAUUAAAACACAGAUCCUAUUUCGUUUUGUUUUUUUAUAGUUUAAAAUUUCGUUUUACUUGUCUUUACUACACUAGGAUCUGGAAGAGUUGUUAUAUAACCAGCAGUCUGGUUGAUGUGAGGGAUUAGCCAAUGAAAUGGUCUGUUGCAGCGAGUUCUUGGGAUGCGAUAAACGGAACUGUGGGUAUCUUACUAGUAACAUCAACACUGAUUGGUCAAUCAAAUGUCUGAUGUCAGGAUCAAAAAACGCUUGUAUGACCCCCAACGCGACCUUCCACUACAACUGUUCAGAUCUUCAUUUAGUAAAGGACAUAGAAAGUAUAAAAAAAAAAAAAAACGAAA